GCGCAGCUAUAUAAGCUAACUGUCACGCGCCAGUAUCAUUGUGACAGCACCUGUAGAGUGAGCACAGGAGAAUCGCACUGAAACACGCUGAAUCCAUAGAAAAGUUCAUAGACGUAUUCCUCUUCAGGAACAGGACCAGGCAAAUACUCUGUCUUGAGGAACAAUGAAAGUUUGUCAGUGCCUCCUGCUACUCUGCCUGCUCCAUUAUUCUCUAGCUUUGGAGUGUGAAGUGAUACCAGGUAACCUGAAGCAGAUUGAUGCUGGUGUUGGGGUAGUAGGUGGGGUGAACAAUGACGAUGAAGUCUUCCUGUUGCUGGGGAAUGAAUUUAGAAGGAUAAAUGUAACCAUGAAGCACUUUACUGUCGGACCUGCUGGAGAACUAGCGGUGAAUUUAUCAAACAGCGUCUUUAAAUUUCAGAGUGGGCAGUUCAGCUCGAUUCCAAUCACUUUUAAACAGGUGGAUGCUGGCGGAGACCAGAUUAUUGCAGGUGUUACUCCUCUAGAUGAUAUCUUCUGCUUAAAUAAGGAUGCUAACAACAUCGGGCCAUCCAGCAAUUUUGCUUGGGUACAACUUGCAGGAAAGCUGAAGUACUACAGCUGUGGCCCGUACAGCUGUUGGGGAGUGAACGCCGCAGGAAAUAUCCUCGUCAGAAGGUCUGUAACGGCUGCUUCCUGUGGAGGGUUGAAUGCUUUCGAUGUCAUUUCUGGAAGUAUGUCUAUGGUUGAAGUAGCGACUGAUGGCAGCGUCUUUGCUAUUGACACUCAGAGGUCUUUGUUUCAGAGAACUGGUGUCUCUGCAUCGAAUCCCAUUGGCACAGGUUGGUUAGGUUUUCUUGUGUGUCCAAAUGGCCACAAGCAUGUGACCUUCGAUCUGGGGAGGCUGUAUGUCAUCUGUAGUGAUGGAUCCAUCAGGAGAUGCAUUUAAAUGUCCAACAGAGGAGCUCAACUAUCAUUAUAACCAGAAAAUUUAAAAUUAAACUUGUUUUUCCUUUUUUCCCCCCAUUGUACAAUUUAUUUGUUGUUGAUCAAAUAAAGCGGUUUGAUGUAUGCCUUAUGAUUUUUUUAAAAGUUUCAAUAAAGAAUUUCUACU